AUGAAAGUGAUUACAGAUACCGCAGUUAUUGAAUUCUUAAGUAAGAAUCUCACCAAGCAAUCAAUUCUUGAAAAAUUCCAACCUGCUUUAUUGUCAGGUUUAACAUCCUAUGCCAAAGAUCCUGAUCAUAUAGUCCCACCAAGAAUUGCCCAACCUUCAAACAACCCAGAGUCUGAUUCUACACAUAUUUAUAUGCCAUGUAUCGCCCCUCAAGAAGUUGGGAUUAAGGUUAUCAGUGGAGGUCCAGGUAAUAAUGCCAAGGGGUUAGGAUUCCAAGGAUGUGUUUUAAUCAUGGAUGAAAUAACUGGUCAAUUGGAAGCAGUAUGCAACGCAAAUACUUUGACGGCAUUUAGAACCGCUUUGGCUAGUACUUUGGGGUUGACUAAGGUGAUUAAACCAGGUAGUACCGAAAUCUUACCUGAAUUGACCGUAUUUGGAGUUGGAUUACAAGGAUAUUGGCAUGUUAAAUUAUCCUUGAUUUUGUAUGAGGGACAAAUUUCUCAAGUUAAUAUUUUGAAUAGAACUUUAAAGAAUGCUGAAAUUUUAGCUGAGAAGUUAGGAAAGGAAUUCCCAAAAGUGAAGUUUAAUAGUUAUCUGUAUCAAGAUGAAUCACUGGGAUUCAUUGAACAUGUUCAAAAUAGUAGUAUUAUAUUUGGAUGUACGCCAGCUACUAGUCCAGUUAUCAAACAAUCAUAUUUGAAUCAAGAUGCUAGAUAUCCAAAGUUUAUUUCAUUAAUUGGUUCGUAUAAACCACACAUGAUAGAAUUGGAUCUUGAAUUAUGUAAGGAUUUACGUAAGCAAGGAGUUUCCAUAAUUGUAGAUUCUAAAGAACACACCUUACAUGAAGCCGGUGAAUUGAUUCAAGCAGAAUAUACUCCACAACAAUUAGUUGAAAUCUAUGAAUUAUAUAAGGAAGAUGGUAGCAAGGUAGUUAUCACCGAUAGUAGAAGUAACCUUACAGUACAAAAGAUUGUUGGUUUAUCAAUUAUGGACUUAUCAAUGGGUAAAUUAAUUAAAGAUGAGAUUAAUAAUCAUGAUUGUAUUAAUAUUGAAAACUUCUAA